GCUUCAUAUUUAAAAAUUUGUACCUUUAUCUUGCAAUAAAGUUGCGUUACAAAACACGUUUACUAUAAAUGUGGCCUUAUGCUUUUUAAUGAUUGAUGCGAUCGUCUGUUUAUUUAAUUUUCUUAAUAUGAAAUCUUUGUUGCCUAAACUGUUAGUAAAGAACUCAGCGUUGUUUAUUUGUGACUUGCAAGAAAAAUUUAGAAGCACUAUUCAAAAUUUUUCAGAUGUUGUAAUAAAUUCAAAAAAAUUAAUAGAUGUUGCUAAAAUUUUACAAAUUCCUAUUAUUGCUACUGAGCAAUACCCAAAAGGCUUAGGUAAGACGGUUUCUGAAAUUGACACAAUGAAUAUGGCUUUAUUUGAAAAGACACAUUUUUCAAUGUGUAUAACAUCACUUUUGGUACAUAUCAGAAAGAUUGAUAUUCAAAACAUAAUUUUAUGUGGAAUAGAAACACAUGUUUGUAUUCAGCAAACAUCAUUUGAGUUAUUAGAAAAUGGUUAUGCAGUUUACUUAAUUGCUGAUGCAACAUCUUCUAGAAGUUUAUUAGACAGAAAAAUAGCAUUAAAAUUAAUGUCAUCUUGUCAAGUAAAAAUAACAACUGUUGAAAGUAUCAUUUUAACAUUAUUAAAGGAUUCAGCUAAUCCUAACUUUAAGAUAAUACAAAAACUUCUAAUGAAGUCAAGUGAAAAUCUUGAUUUCUUAUACUAGUUUAUUAUUCUAUCACAUUAUAUCAGAAAAUGUUUUUAAAUAUUAUUCUAUCACAUUAUAUCAGAAAAUGUUUUAAAUAAAUAUCAAUAUAGACUAAUUUUGUAACCAAAUUGAAAAUAAUAAAACUAAU